AUGUUAAAAUUUAUUCUGAAAUCUAAAUUUACUUGUCAUGACAAAGCAUUAUGGUCUGCUCUCAUCCUUGUUGCGUUUUUUGGGUUUUUACGUGUAUCCGAAUUUGUUACACCAUCAAAAAAUUUUUAUGAUCCUAAAAUUCACCUGUCACCUUCAGACAUUGAAUUUUCUUCCUAUGCAAUCGUAAAGCUAACCAUCAAGGCAUCCAAAACAGCUCAAUUUAGGAAAGGUGUCACAAUUCGUCUUGCAAUGAUUGAACACCAAUUUUGCCUAGUAAAAGCUUUAAGAAAUUACCUGUUAUUUUGGGGGGCUAAGGCUGGUCCGUUGUUUGUUUUAUCAAAUGGGGAUUUUAGUUUCCGUAUUGGUGGGGCCUCUACAGCAGCUUCGUGUGGCAUUCCUGACUCAGCCAUAAAAACACUUGGUAGGUGGUCCAGUGACUCUUACAGAAGGUAUAUCCUAUCUAAUAGCGCUUUGCGUAAGUGGAGUGGCAACAUGGCUCGCCUUGAUGCGUUGUUAAGCCUGUUAUGGCAUGUUGAAUUAUCUUGUCGUAGCUCUCUUCAAAUAUUGGCUCAUAGAUCAUGA